UGGGGCGCGCUCGGGAUGGGGGGCGUCGCCUGCCGCUCGGCGGGGCUGGGCUGCGGGGGAAGUAGGGCAGAGCUGGGUGCCGGCGGCGGGAUGGAGCUGAAAAGAUUACAAAAAGAACUAUUGGCAUUGCAAAAUGAUCCGCCUCCAGGAAUGACUCUGAAUGAAAAGAGUGUACAAAAUUCAAUCACACAGUGGAUUGUAGACAUGGAAGGUGCUCCAGGAACACUAUAUGAAGGGGAGAAAUUUCAGCUUUUAUUUAAGUUCAGUAGUCGGUAUCCUUUUGAUUCACCUCAGGUCAUGUUUACUGGUGACAAUAUUCCUGUUCAUCCUCAUGUUUAUAGCAAUGGUCAUAUCUGUUUAUCCAUUCUAACAGAAGACUGGUCUCCAGCUCUCUCAGUGCAAUCCGUUUGUCUUAGCAUUAUUAGCAUGCUUUCCAGCUGCAAAGAAAAGAGGCGACCUCCAGAUAAUUCAUUUUAUGUAAGAACAUGUAACAAGAAUCCAAAGAAAACAAAAUGGUGGUAUCAUGAUGACACAUGUUGAUGCCACCAUUUUGUGAUCCUCGUAGCAGAAGAUAGUCCUACUGAGAAAAUGAGCACUUUGAUCAUUCAGUCUUUGAACUUUAACCUUUGACUGGAAGUGACCUAUAGGCAAUGAAGACUACUUCCUUUGACUGCAUUUUUACUAGUGUGCAUUCUGGGCGCAUGUUGAUCGCUGGUUCAGUCCAUGCAACUGACAUGCUUUUAUUAGUCAUACAGUAUUAAUGCAGGUGUCCAGAAAUGUCAGAAUAAUUCCAUUAUUUUUAUUUUAAGCUUUUGGAAGAAUUCCAGGUCUUCAUAUAUUGUGCAAUAACACUGAGCUCCUUGACGGUUUUGGUGCAUCCAUUGCCGGCAAUGGACAUUGUACCAGGGAAAAUUUUUGCUCCUGCCACAAAAAGAUUGCAUGAUAGAGCUUAGGAAAGUUUCAGAUAUAUUUGAAUUAUAAGCAAGGGAUCCACUGUUACCUUAAAAGCCACCCCAUUCUUUUAUAUUUGGAUUCUAUGCACUGUGAUCACAAAACUAGCAGCAUGAGUUAACAUGCUUAGCUGAAGGACUGUAAUAAGAUCAUUGCAUAUUUAUUAAAUUGUUUAUCUGCUGUAAAAUUGUUUUGACAUAGAAGGUUUUCAAGUGACAGUGGCAGAGAGGUACAAUGUUAUCCCUAUGGUGAAAUAAAACUACUUUUUUGUAUAUAGUUAUUCAUAUCUCUGAAGCAAAGGUAUGAGUAAUUUAGGGUAUGAGUGAUUUAAUCAAGAAUUUAUUUUGGAGAUAAGAGAGGAUGGCAGUGAUAUAACUGAACUUGCUGCAGUCCAUAAUUGGGCUUGUAAUUUGUACUUUAGAGCUUUUUUCCAAAUAGAUUGCACACUGUUAUUUCCUGCUAGCCAUCAGCAUGAGCCCUAUUGCCUACAUCAAUAUUUCAUUUAUUUAUGUGUUUGAAAGCAAUCCAUAUAACAUUUUUUUGUUUGCAUUCACUGUUUCUUUUGUUGUUGUGUGUCAUGUUUGAAUGUUACAAAACAAUAUUUUGAUUGAAAAGCUUUGUCAGAAGAUAUUUUCAUGUAAAUUAUUUCUUUACCUUGUAAGCGUCAUCUUGUCUUUUAAUCCUGUACUAUAUAAAAAAAUACAUUUUUGACAGAGGCUUAAUGUUUUGACAAAAAAGUGUGGACCUUUUUAUUUAAGCUUAGACUAAAGUAUAUUUUAUUAACUUGCUUGUCCCUGGCAGCCAUACCAAUUUUCUCCAGGCUUUUACUUCACCAAAAUGGAGAAAGAAAAAAAAAAAAAAAAAAAAAAGCCACCUAAAAUCAGAUUGACAUUUUUCUAUGGAACAACAAUUAUUGAAAUAAUGGAUAGUUGUUCUCACCAUUCUGUAAUAUUUUGAUACUGCAAUUAGGUUGUCUUUUUAGGAAGCACUUUUAUAAACUUUUACACAUAUGCAAAAUUUCUAUAGCAUUGCUUUUUUUUUAACUGUUGCCUUAUUGUUGCACUCAAAAUCAAGUGGUCAAAGCAUGAAUGUCUAAGUCAAGUAACUACUUGAUUAAAGAAGAAAAGCCAACCCAGAAUGAAUAACUACAAUAACAACAAAAAAAAUUGGCUGAAAAUACUGAAGUUUUUUUUACUGCUGUAUAAUAACUGACAAAUUUUGUAGUCUUGUACAUACUUCUCUAUUAAUGUUUAAAACAUUUUAAAGUAUAGAUGCUUAACUCAGGGUGGAUAGAAUUGAAAUGGAUUUGCUUCAGAGAAGUGUUUUGUACAGCAACUGAAUUACAGAUAUUACCAGUGAAGUGAGGCUACUAUAUGCUUCAGGAAAUGCUUUUUUCUACUGUAUUGAAAAUAUUUCUUGGCCUUUAAAACUCGAUGGUAAAAUCUAGCUGUGGAUUUAAAUUUGAUGUGUAUAUACACUUUCACAAUGAGCCUUUAAAACACAGAAGUUGGUUUAUUUUAAAAGCCAAAAAUCAUUUUAAGCAAAGGAAAUAGUUGUGCUUCUAACUUUUGUUUAGUAAAAUUUUAUUGUUAUAAGUUAAUCAAAUCAACUAUUUUUGCAGAUGUUUAAUAUGAAAGAGCAGUAAUCUAUCUGAAUACUUAAUCUGUAUAUUCAUGUUAACUGCUCUGUAUUAUUGAUUGAAUGGAUUGACACAUCUUUGAAAGUCUUAUGUGUUUUCACAUAGUUGGUUCACAUAGAAGGUUUAACUGAUAGUCCAUAGUAAAGAGUGACACUGUGACACAAGGUUAUGUCUCUGAAGAAACAGUUACAGUACAUCUUCACAGGUUCAUGUAUCUUUUCAUAUGGUGGAUUGCCAUACUACAAUAUGUGGUUUCAGAGAAGCUUUAUGACAUACUGUAUGUAUCCUGUCAAAGAUAUGUGAUGUAGGGGUAAGCAUUAUACCUUUUAUUGACUUACGGCUUUAUAUGGGCUACAGUGAAGUUAAAUAACCAAAUUUAUGCUGCUCUUUAAUACCCCCACCUAUAAUAUACUUAAAUCCAAAAAAUGUAAGGUAGAUUAGAAGAGAAUGUACAUCAGGUCUUUUAGUUUACAACAGAAAUGCCCCCAGAAUAAUGUCAUGAAUCUUUUGCAGUUCUGUGGAUAAGUUCACCUAUGUACACAGGGCCAAGACAAAAUCUAUAUACCACUCAAGCCCUCAAAAUAAUGCAACUAUUCUGACAAUACUGUGGUGUCCUAAAAUAGGAGUUAAAUUAGAUGAAGGUGGUGCCAUCCUUCCCUUAGGAUGAUCCUGUGUAUGAAACUAUUCACUUCGAGUUUCUCACAUGAAGUGGUUACAGAAUUGGCUUGAAACGAUCCUUGCUUUUCUUCUGUGUCAAUGCUCAUGUUGUUAAACACUGUUUUGUGUUUAGUGUCUUUAUACUAUAACACAAUAAAUUCUUGUUUUAAAAUAGA